GCGGGGCGUGGAGGAGGAGGAGGAGGAGGAGGAGGCGGCCGCUGGCUCGGGGGCUGCGGGCCGGCGCAGAGCGGCAGCGCGGAGCCCGGGCACGGAGCGGCGCCUUCCCCGGCCCCUCGGCCCCGGCUCCCCCUGCCCCGGGCCGCGGCUGAGCCCGGGCCCCCCGGCCGGCCCUGCACCUGCCGGAGCCUGGGUGGCACCCCCCUUCCCGGGCCAGUGUCGAUGCUGAGUGGGCCGGGGGCCCUGCCCGCCUCCCCCGCACCAUGGAUGGCUUCUACGACCAGCAGGUUCCCUUCAUGGGCCCCGGGAAAUCCUGCGCAGAGGAGGGCCGAGGCCGGCCGGGGUCCGAUAGGAAAAGGAAAUUUUUGGAGACUGACUUGGCCCAUGACUCGGAAGAGCUCUUCCAGGAUCUCAGCCAGCUCCAAGAGGCCUGGCUAGCUGAAGCUCAGGUCCCCGAUGAUGAACAAUUUGUCCCAGAUUUCCAGUCUGAUAACUUGGUCCUGCAUGCCCCACCUCCGGCAAAGGUCAAGCGGGAGCUGCGCAGCCCUUCGUCGGAGCUGUCAUCCUGCAGCCAUGAGCAGGCUCUCUGUGCUGGCUACGGGGACAAGUGCCUCUACAACUGCUGUGCCUAUGACAGGAAGCCCCCUGCCGGGUUCAAGCCAUUAACGCCACCCACCACGCCGGUGUCUCCUGCGCAUCAGGGAUCGGCCCUGCCACCGCCAGCCCCAGCCGUGCAGGCAGCUGCCCAUGGGGCGGCCCCAGCCCCGCACCCACUACAGGAGCAGAGGCAGCAGACCUUCGCCGUGCCACGGCCACCUCACCCACCCAUGCAAAUGCCAAAGAUGAUGUCUGAAAACCAGUACCCUGCAGAGCACAGGUUUCAGAGGCAGCUGUCGGAGCCCUGCCACCCCUUCCCACCACAGCCCGGGGUCCCGGGUGACAGCCGCCCCAUCUAUCACCGGCAGCUGUCAGAGCCCCUUGGCCCCACUGCCCCCCACCCCCCUCAGGGAUUCAAGCAGGAGUACCAUGACCCGCUCUACGAGCAUGGUGGCCCCGGCCUGCCUGGCCCCCCCAGCCACAGCUUCCAGUCCCCCAUGGGCAUCAAGCAGGAGCCCCGGGACUACUGCAUUGACUCAGAAGUGCCUAACUGCCAGUCCUCGUACCUGCGGGGGGGUGUCUUCCCCAGCAGCCAUGACGGAUUUUCAUAUGAAAAGGACACACGAUUGUAUUUUGAUGACACGUGCGUGGUACCAGAGAGGCUGGAGGGUAAAGUGAAGCAAGAGCCCACCCUGUACCGUGAGGGCCCACCCUACCAGCGGCGUGGGUCCCUGCAGCUCUGGCAGUUCCUGGUCACCCUCCUGGAUGAUCCUGCCAAUGCCCACUUCAUCGCCUGGACUGGCCGGGGCAUGGAGUUCAAGCUGAUCGAGCCCGAGGAGGUAGCACGGCGCUGGGGCAUCCAGAAGAACAGGCCAGCCAUGAACUACGACAAGCUCAGCCGCUCCCUGCGCUACUACUAUGAGAAAGGCAUCAUGCAGAAGGUGGCCGGUGAGCGGUAUGUCUAUAAGUUCGUCUGUGACCCCGAUGCCCUCUUUUCCAUGGCCUACCCUGACAACCAGCGCCCCUUCCUGAAGACAGAGCCCGACUGCCCAGUGCCCGAGGAGGAGACGGUUCCGCUGACGCACUUUGAGGACAGCCCAGCAUACCUCCUAGAGAUGGAUCCCUGCAGCAGCCUUCCCUAUGCGGAGGGCUUCGCGUACUGACUCAGCCAGCCGCCAGAGCCACGAGCACUAGCGCAUCCACUUUGAGCAAAUGCGGUUUUCUAAAUAAUAUUUUUUGCUGUUAUAAGGCGGGGAGGGGGGGGGGGGAGGGGGGCGGGAAGACAAACCGCACAUGUGUGCACACAAAUUGGAGGGAUCAAAAAUGCCCUCUGUGUGUCACCACUGACUUCCCACCCUUACUGUCCAAGGGCUAGUGCAUAGGACUACCCGUGGCUGGCAUCUCCUGCCAAGCAUUGGCAUGAUGUUUUGGGGCGAUGGGAGCUAAAGACGCAGUCUCUGACCCAGGCCUUGUUCCUUGCCAGGACGGCGAGGGCUGACAGCUCCAACAGCGCCCCAGGACUGGGCUGAGACAGUGUGGCUACCUGGCGAAUUGUCAUGACAAUCUGCUUUGCAUCAAGCGCGAUCCGCGUAGCUGCCUUGUGUGGUGGAAAGGGCUUUGAUUUGCACAGAGGAGGGGUGCAGGGGGCACCUGGGCCAGCAUCCCUGGGCUGAUGUGCGCAGCAUCCUACCCCAACCCCAAGGAGCCUUCUACCUUCUUCCCAAACUGACCUUCCCCACCCCAAUCUCAUGAUAUAACCUGGUAUAACAGUUUUCCAGCCCUCCUGGGUCCUUUCUGUGCCCCUUUGACUCCUCCCAAGGUCUGGCUGUGUGCCAUGGGUUGCAUUUCAGGGGAGGAGACCCUGACACUAUUUCCCUCCUUCUCUUUUUUUUUUUUGUGAUGUUUUAGGGGAAAAAAGAAAAAAGGUUUCUAAACUAAUUUUUGUAGAUUUUUUUGUAUUUUAAGGCAAAACUAUUUUUUGCAGCCUGGCUGCUGUUCCCAGAGACCCUGGGGAUGCCCCCCUGGCUUUUCUGGCAGCAUGCUUGCAGGGGGAGCUCUCAGUGCCCGUGGCUUGCCGGGACAGCUGCUGAAGUAUUUGGUCCACUCCAUUUCACUGCUUGAGUCCUCUUUCCCAGGGGAACCAAGGCUGAACCCCAGUGCUGGCUCAGCUGUGCUCACCCACUGCUCGUAAUAGCCUUGGAGCUGGGCUGUAAGGCCACAGCAGGCAAGGAUGGUGGGGUCCCCCACUCUUCUUCCCAGGUACCCCACCUCCCUCCAGCUCCCCCCUUCUUGCUGCGCCUCCUAACACUCCUCCACCACUCAUAUAUCCAUACCUGCCUAUCCCCCCACUGGCUACAUGUUUUUUUGUUGUAAAUGCUGUAUAGGAAAUUUUUUCUCUUUCUUAGUUAGCUUUGGUUGGAUUUUUUUUUUUUGACUGAUUCAUUCUUUUUUGGGGAAGUAUGAAGAUUAACUCUGUGUAGACUCAUUUGCUCUCCCCCUGGUGGCCGCAGUGGCCUGUACCUAUGGGGAGCAUUCAUUUAUGGGAACCCUACCUUGGGGUCAGGGUUUUUAACCAUUUGCUCAGUGUGGCAGGUCUACAGUGCAGAAGGGGUUAAUCUGAGGACUGAUUUGAAAUAAUCUUUACUCAAGCAGGGCUAUGUAUCUCCUGCAAAGCUGCAUUACAUUCUGUACUGUGUACAAUAAAGGAUCUUGCUUUCUGUUCCUC